GCAGCGUCUCCCGUCCAGCUCCGGACACUCGACCGUGCGGGCCGUAGGGGGAGGCGGCGGUCUUCACAGUUUCUUACUCCAGUCCUCACUGGUUCUUUUUCUGAUUAGACAGGCAGCGGGGCUGACGGCCCCAUGGGUUACUGAGAACCAAGAAGUGGAGAUGAUCCUUCUUUGGGGUGUGGGGGCGUGGCCGAUCGUUAGAUUGUGUUUGGAAAGACAGCCAGGGGCAGAGCUGGAGAAGAGGGGCGUCUCUGAGAUGAUGGGGGGUACUGGUGCCAUGGAGGGAGGAGGAGUGAGGUGGAGGUCGGGAAUUCCAGCCAGAGAGACAUGGGGUCCCUGGGAGAAAAUUUCCACGCCAGCAGUCCUGGAGUUGUGCUCAUGGAGACUUGUUUACCCCUUGGUUCCCCAAGGCCGAGGAAACACCCGGUGGAGCCCUUCUUCCACAGAACCAGAGAUGGCAUCUGUGGAUUUCAAGACCUACGUGGAUCAGGCCUGCAGAGCUGCUGAGGAGUUCGUCAACGUCUACUACACCACCAUGGAUAAGCGGCGGCGUUUGCUCUCCCGCCUGUACAUGGGCACAGCCACCCUGGUCUGGAACGGCAAUGCUGUUUCAGGACAAGAAUCCUUGAGUGAGUUUUUUGAAAUGCUGCCUUCCAGCGAGUUCCAAAUCAACGUGGUAGACUGCCAGCCUGUUCACGAUGAAGCCACACCGAGCCAGACCACAGUCCUUGUUGUGAUCUGUGGAUCAGUGAAAUUUGAGGGCAACAAACAACGGGACUUCAACCAGAACUUCAUCCUGACUGCCCAGGCCUCACCCAGCAACACGGUGUGGAAGAUCGCAAGUGAUUGCUUCCGCUUCCAGGACUGGGCCAGCUAGUGCGGGUGGCAGAGGCUCUGCUUCCCUCAGCGCUAGCUCUGCGGAGAAAUGCAAAUCUCAGUGCUCCAGGAUGUGAAGAACACAAGUUCAUUUCUGUUGUUGCGGAGACUCUGCAGAUGCCACUGUGCUGAGGCUGAGCUCUGUCGCUCAAGUUCUAGGAGCCCCUUUCCUGAACACACAUUUGUUUGUCAUGGUUUCCUUUUCAAAGCAGUAAACUUUUCUAUUUUUCUACUUGCUCAGUAGAGACUCUGAUUCUGGAAAUUCUGACAAAUAAUUUAAUAAUACACAUAUUGCUUCUUUC